AUGUGUGUCCUCGAGCUGAGGAAGAUCAGAGGUGUUCUUCAGACUUGGUUGUUCACGUUGGAGGGUGAUGUGUCCUGUGCGUUUGACCCGUCAGUCCUAGAGUCACCGAGUCCACCCUCUUGUGUAUCUAAAGUCCCUGUCGGAGCUAAGACUGACACGCCGGUCCGUGAUUGGCCGUCAAACUUCAAGGUGAGCCGCUCCCCCCGCCCACCUGCCCACCUCCGCGCGUCAGUCUCCGCCUCCACUGUCACCGCUGGACGUCCUGUGGAACUGGAGGCUUUUGGACGCCGCCGGGAUGCAGAAAUAGCCCUUGAGAACAGCGUUGGUUGUGAUGGAGGACUGCUGCUGCUGCUGCUGGUAGGUGGUCUCCGCGGAUUUCUCCCACUCACUGUGAUUACAGCUCGGCUUACCUCUAAACUGCAGACUGACAUUUCUGGGUGA